GAUACGAAAACUGAUAAUAAGAUAUGUAAUGUUUACUCGUCAAUGUGAUUUCCUAUCAUGCUUGUCAUUUUAUUUUUUUAUUUAUUUGUUUCUUUUUUUCCUUCGUAUUAACAUUUGAUGAUGGAUCGUAUAAAAUUCGUGAAAUUUAUUCUGAUAAUUGAAGUGAAUCAUUAAUUUUCUCAGAAGAUGAAUAAAUUGAUAAUAUUUCAACAAUUUUUAAAAAAAGAUUACGAACAUAAAAAAGAAAAUAUCAAAAAUAAUUCAUUGAAACGAUGUCACCUGAGUUUAAACGAUUAAAUCAAUAAUAAUAAGACAAGCUUGUAAUAAAUUAACGUGGAGUUAAUAUUGACUGAUUGACCCAACUAGCACGAUCUCCGGUCUUUUUUAUAUAUAUAUUAUAAUCUGCCAUUUCUUCAUGUGAACCUCAGCGCCAUAGGUUAGCGAGGUUAAUUGGUACUGCCUGUCAGCUAUGACUACUAGGAUGAUUAAAGAUUUAAUGUUCACUCUCUUUGAUAUUAUACAAUAAUUUUAAUGUAUGAAUCCAUUAGAAAAAUACAUAUAAGAUUUUUAAUUAUAUGUAUUAAUUAUACACAGAAACAUACGUCAAAUUUUUAUGUUAGAAAUAAUCAUUUUCUUUUUUAUUGCAUUAUAUAAGAUGCAUAUAUAUACAUAUAUUUAAAAGGACAUAAUAAUAAUUGAUAGGAAAUAUGUGAACGAUUAACAUUAAAAUGAAAUAUUUAUUGCAAAAUAGAAAUGUGUUUUGCAAAUUGUAAGAAAAUAGAACUGAAAUUAGCGCUUCUCAUUGUAAAAUUACAGAGAGGAUAUGUGCUGCGCUCUCUAAUCUGCACAAACGUCUUAUUUCUCUUUUGAGGUUAUGACGAUCAAUAGUAUCGUAUAAUAAAAUUUUUAACUAAUCUGAUAUUAGUAAAUAAUUAUCAAACAUGGUUUUACAUAUAAAAGGUUUAUUACCACCUCGCAAAUUUGUACUCUUAUGUUUUCAGUGUUCUUUAUGUCGCCAAGCUAUGUUAAAUAAAUUUUGGAAUUAUGAAAUCUUACAAAAAUACUUUCACACAAAAUCAGAGCCACCACAUGUACAAUUAUUUUCUCAACCAAAAUGUCAAAUAUACGUGGCUACCUGGUAUUUACUUUAUCGUUGGUUGGUAUUCAUCGCCUGGAUCAGUAUUAUCUUUUGCUCAAUUUUCGAAUUCGGAAGUUACGAACCUCUUUUCAAAUGGCAAAAAUGGCCGAUUUAUUUGACGAAUUGGGAUUUGCUAUUGGGAGUAACACAAGCGUUUCUAGGAGCCAUAAUAGUUUUUAGAAGAUGGAGACAACAAAAGGAUGCAGACUUCAAUCCUUAUAAUAUGAAAUUAACGAUGUUAGAAAAGUCCUAUUGGAUUUUCUAUACUGUGACGUCUACUUUAGCUGUGGGUGUGACUAUUACUUAUUGGACUGCAGUAUACAAUCCUAAAAUUCAUCAUAUAGAUCCAUUAAAUAUCUUAUUACAUGUUUGUAAUAGUAUUUUAAUGUUUAUAGAUUUAUCUAUCACAAGUGUUCCAUUGUAUAUGAAAAAUGUUUGGUGGUGCCUUAUUAUAAUAUUAUUUUAUGUAAUAUUUUCUGUAAUAUAUUAUGCAGCAGGUGGUUUGGAUAAAUAUGGAUAUCAUUAUAUUUACAAAAUUCUUGAUUGGGAAAAACCAGGUCAAACAUUAAUAAUAUGUAUAGCUGGUAUGGCAUUUAUUAUAUUAAUGCAUUUGAUACUGUGUUUUUUUAGUAAAGCCAGAGACUGGUUGUACGCUAGAAUUGCUAAAAAAUUCCACAAUAUUCCUUCAAUGACGAAAAUCGAUUAUACUGUAACAAAAAAAGAAGCAGAAAUUGUUUGAUUAGUGAAAUAUUUGUAAUAAGUUGGUGUAUUGAUAUUUAAAUCCACAUACUUGAUAAGUGUUGAAGCAUUCCUAUUACUGUUUAUUCCAAUGGUCUUCAUCUGAUAUGAAAUUUAGAAUUAAAUAUCAUAGUACAUUAUACAUUUAUCUUGCUAUUGAUAUCUUCAAAGUUUCUUAAUUAAAGAUUAUCUUAAAGUUUCGUUUAUAAUUCAGUAUUUUACAAUGAUAUUAGAAUAAUAUGCAAGAUCAGUUUCAACAUGUAUGUUUAUUUAUAUAGAUCUUCUUUUUUUCUUUUAUCAUCUGUCAAUAUUGUCUUAUUUAAUGGUAUUAUCAGACGAAUUUGAAAAUUAUAUCUAUUAUCAAUAUACAACUCAUUCAUGCUUCUUUUCAUUCAUGUAUUUAUCAAUAUGUCAUUUGAUAAUAUUAUUGCAAAAAUGAUUUCGCAUACCUCGCUUUAUGAUAAAUCUUAGAAUAGAUAUUUUUUAAAUAUUACAUAAAAAGAUGUACUUUGUAUGUGCAUAAAAAAGUUCCUUGAUUUUGUAGAAAAGUAUUCAUUAUUAUAAUCAAAUAAUGAGCGAUUGUAACAUUAACAUUUAAUCUUAAUUUUUGUAUACACAUUUAUUGUAUACAAAACAACGAAUAUUUAACCAUUGUCAAAAAAAAUUUCGUAUAGAAAAAUAAAAUAAUAAGUAGACUAUAAUGUUUAUGAAAAAAUAUCAACAAUUUAUUAAUAAAAUAACGAUGUGUAAAGCAAUUAUGGACUGUUAUACAAAUAAAUCGUGGGCUCAAAAUGGCCCUCAAUCACA